AAGGACGAGCAGAUCAGCCAGACUGCAGCGAUAGAUGUGUUGUAGUGAUGUAAUGUUGCCUGUUUGGUGACUACGGAUGGCUGUCUGUGCCAGGCUCUGCGGAGUGGGUCAGUCGCGGAGGUGCAGGAGGCGACAGCGGCAUAACCAGCAGGAUCAGGGUAGCGAUUCCGACAUGGACGAGGAAGAAGAGGAGCGGAUCGUGGGUCAGAGGCAAGGCGACGUCGGCGGCGGAGGCCCGGAGAGCGGCGUAGCCACUGCAGGGCCGAGUGACGCUUGUGAAUAUGGCAGCGGUCAUGUCAACAGAGGAGGCUCUCUGGAUCGCACAAGCACGGGACCUCCACACCCGCAAUCAUUAGCGGAGUUACCCCCGGAGCUUUUAGUGGAAAUAUUCUCCUUGCUUCCCGGUACAGCACUACCAAAUGUUGCCCUCAUCUGCAAGAAAUUCAGACAAAUCCUCAACACUGAAACCAUCUGGAGAAGGCGGUGCAUGAAAGAGUUUGGUAUGCAGGAGGAUCUGCGGAAGAUGGAAGUUGGAGGAGUAUCUAGCCGGGACCUUUAUGUUAAACUGCUUCACCCAUACAGACAUAUCUUGGGCUUGUGGCAGCCAGACAUAGGGCCUUAUGGUGGAUUGCUUAACGUUGUGGUGGACGGGCUGUUCAUCAUCGGCUGGAUGUAUUUGCCACCUCAUGACCCCCGUGUGGAGGAUCCCAUGAGGAGACGGCCGCUCUUCCGUAUCCACUUGUGGGAGAGCAAAAAGGCCACUGUGGAGUGUAUGUAUGGACACAAGGGUCCCCACAAAGGAGACAUACAGACUGUGAAGAAGGACGAGUUUUCAACAAAGUGUAACCAAACUGAUCAUCACCGCAUGCCAGGGGGCAGACAGGAGGAGUUCAGGACAUGGUUGGAGGAAGAAUGGGGCCGGACACUGGAGGAAAUCUUCCACGAGCACAUGCAGGAGCUCAUCCUCAUGAAGUUCAUUUAUACCAGUCAAUAUGAUAACUGCUUGACGUAUCGGAGGAUCUACCUUCCUCCUUCGAUGCCUUCUGACCUGCUGCAGCCAGGCCUCUUCAAAGGCACCUACGGGAGUCACGGCUUGGAGAUUGUCAUGCUCAGUUUCAUUGGGACUUAUGCCAGAGCCACCAAGCUCACUGGAGACCCGAAUGUUCCUGCAGGGCAACUCACUUUGAAUGUUGACCUGAGCCGGCCUGUGGUCCUCCCAGACUUGGAGCACCAGCGCAACAUAGAGGAGCUGUCCCGGCUGGUACUGGGGGUACACGAAGAAGUACAGAGAGAAGAUCAACAGCAGUCCAAGGAUACUCCUGCCACAGUUAGAGCUCCAGCAGAGGGGGCCUGCGAUGAUGCCUGCGGUGAUGCCAGCGCAGCAGACGGGGUAGAGGCAGACCAUGUUACCUGUUCAGACAGCUGCCAGCCUGGCCCGAGCGGCAGCACCAGUCCUCCUGAAACCCAGCCCUUUGUCCUGCCCCUGGGGGUCAUGGCCCGCAACGAGGUCUACCCUCGCACCUGCACUAAAUGCUUCUAUGGGACAGGCCUGAUCGCUGGGCACGGCUUUACAAGUCCAGAGCGCACCCCGGGGCUCUUUGUGCUCUUUGAUCAGGACCGUUUUGGUUUCAUCUGGCUGGAGUUGAAGUCUUUCAGUCUGUACAGUCGCCUGACGGACCAACUAGCUCACGCUCAUGCCCCAAACAUGGAGCGAUUUGAGGCCAUGCUGUGCAACAUGCAGUCCUGGACAUCCUGAUGCACCACGAUGCACCCCCCCAAAAAAAUCCCACAAUACAAUACAGAAUAACAACCAUUUUACACAUAUCACCUCUGUCCUCCGCUGACUGAAAGUUACUAUCGCAAUAGCUUGUGAGCUUAACUUUCCAUGUUCUAUCUAUAUCUGUUUCACAUACACUGAGUUUUACUGUCUAAUUAAGCUAGUUAUGUCACCCUGACCUAGGUACACUUGUGCUCUUGUUCCCAUGCAAGCACUUUGAAAGGCUUCCCAAGUCCUUGUUUAUCACCUCACCUCAGUAUGACCUUAAUCCUCCAGUGCAGCAUGAAACGGGUCACAUUAACAUUUUUUUAUUUAUUUAUUUAUUCCCUGCAGGAGAAAAGGAAUAUUACAUACCACUUAUUAUGGAUCAAACUGUACGUGCCUCUGAUUCUAAAACCAUGUCUGUACUUGAUAGUGCUUGAAGACGAUAAAGGUGUCCAAUGUAUUCUAAUAUAUAGCAUUUUACUGAUUUCAGUGCCCAAAAUAUUGAACUGCAUGCUGCGUUUUAUUUAAUCACAUCUCAUUCAUAAGCAUUUUCUGAACAUGUUUUACUUUCAUUAAGCAGCAUGCCUUGCUUUUUUUUUUUUUUUGCUUUAAAACAGACUUCUCAGGUGUUUUUCUCUUCGCCACAAGUCAGUGAAAAACCGAACUGAAGUAUUUAUGUGUAUAACAAAAAUGUAUGAAGUUACGUUGAUUUUAGCCAAUUGAAAUACUGAGUGAGUUUUACAACUGGGUAAUUUUCAAACCAUUGACAAGAGAUGAUUUGCUGUCUUAUCAAACAUUGUAGCUACAUCAGCCAGUUCUGGCCCUUUGAACUUAGAGAUAAUGAUAUGCUCUCAUGGUUCUACAUCAAACAUAUCCGUCAUCACACUUGAUAUUAUAUUAUGUAAGAUGGAAAGAUGUAUUGUACUGCAAUAGAAUAACGUAACCUAUACAUAAGCUGAUCAAACUAUCUGAAUUAUACAGUUUAUGUGCUUCUAUAAUGAUGGUCUGAAACAGAAACUUCUCUUACCUUUGAAAUGUAUUGCAUUUGUUUGUUUCACUGGCUGACGUAAUGUUUGCCUGGCUUUAUACCUGCAAAGCUAUUCCCUCCAGUUUUCCAACUCCUUUUGAACUUGAGACCAGGCUAGCUGAACAUUAUACUAACUAACAGCUCAAAGUGCAUCUCAAGGUACCAAGUAAGUGUCUGUAUGGCUCAUUACAGCCUGGUGGUGUUGCCCAGUAGCUUUCUUACUCCAAGUGCACUUUUCUGGGAAGUAUAUUGAAUCAUUUAAAACCACUGGCCAGCACUUUUAUAUCAGACUGCAGCUUUACGAACAUUUGCAAAAAUAAAAAGUGUCUGCUAAAGCAUCAUCAACUUAAUUUUUUUCACAUUUUAUUGAAUUCUUCUGCAAUUUAGCGUAAUUUAUUUUAAUUCCCCCAUAUGUAAGCCCUCUGUAUCCAGCUAUUUGAAUGAUUUGCCUUCAAAAAGUGUUGCUUUGUACUAUUUUCAGUGCGAUACGCCUGAUUUUGUGAAAAAAAAAAAAAGAUCUAAGUUUGACCUAUUGAACUGCUCACAUCGGACUUCAGGGAG